AUGUUCAUAAAAGAUCUCACACGGGGGGAGAAGCCAUAUUCCUGUCCUGAGUGUGGGAAAUCUUUUUCAGUGAAGUCCAAUCUUUACAAACAUCAGAGAUCUCACACGGGGGAGAAGCCAUAUUCCUGUCCUGAGUGCGGGAAAUGUUUUGGUUCUAAAUCCUAUUUUAAUGUGCAUAAAAGAUCUCACAUGGAGGAGAAGCCGUAUUCCUGUCCUGAGUGCGGGAAAUGUUUUUCAGAGAAGUCCAAUCUUUACACACAUCAGAGAUCUCAUACGGGGGAGAAGCCAUAUUCCUGUCCUGAGUGCGGGAAAUGUUUCAGUUCUAAAUCCCAUUUUAAUAAACAUCAGAGAUCUCACACAGGGGAGAAGCCGUAUUCCUGUCUAGAGUGCGGGAAAUGUUUUUCAGAGAAGUCCAAUCUUUACACACAUCAGAGAUCUCACACGGGGGAGAAGCCAUAUUCCUGUCCUGAGUGCGGGAAAUGUUUCAGUUCUAAAUCCCAUUUUAAUGUGCAUAAAAGAUCUCACAUGGAGGAGAAACCGUAUUCCUGUCCUGAGUGUGGGAAAUGUUUUACAAGGAAGUUUACUCUUCACAAACAUCAGAGAUCUCACACAGGGGAGAAGCCGUAUUCCUGUCCUGAGUGCGGGAAAUGUUUUUCAGUGAAGUGUAAUCUUUACACACAUCAGAGAUCUCACACAGGGGCGAAGCCGUAUUCCUGUCCUCAGUGCAGCAAAUGUUUUUCAAUGAACUGUAAUCUUUACACACAUCAGAGAUCUCACACGGGGGAGAAGCCGUAUUCCUGUCCUGAGUGUGGGGAAUGUUUUUCACAGAAGUCCAAUCUUUAUAGACAUCAGCAAUUUCAUACAGGUGAGAAGCCGUAUUCCUGUCCUGACUGUGGCAAAUGCUUUUCAUUGAAGUCCAGCCUUUACAGACAUCAGAGAUCUCACACAAGAGAAAAGCCGUAUUCCUGUCCUGAGUGCGGGAAAUGUUACCAUUGUAAAUCCAAACUUAAUGUGCAUAAAAGAACUCACACGGGGGAGAUGCCAUAUUCUUGUACUGUGUGCGGGAAAUGCUUUUCAGUCAAGUCCACUCUUUACAUACAUCAAAGAUCUCACACAGGGGAGAAGCCGUAUUCCUGUCCUGAGUGCAAGAAAUGUUUUUCACAGAAGUCCAGUCUUCACAAACAUCAGAGAUCUCACACAGGGGAGAAGCCGUAUUCCUGUCCUGAGUGCGGGAAAUGUUUUUCACACAAGUCCAGUCUUCAUAAACAUCAGAGAUCUCACACAGGGGAGAAGCCUUAUUCCUGUUCUGAGUGUGGGAAAAGUUUUAUACAGAAAUCAAAACUUGAAACACAUCAGAGAUCUCACACGGGGGAGAGGCCAUAUUCUUGUCCCGAUGCAGGAAAUGUUUUUUCAGACAAGUCUAGUCGUUCCAGACAUCAGCGAUCUCACACAGGGGAGAGGCCGUAUUCUUGUCCUGAGUGUGGGAAAUGUUUUUCACAGAAGGCCCAUCUUUACAAACAUCAGAGAUCUCACAUGGAGGAGAAGCUGUAUUCCUGUCCCGAGUGCAGGAAAUGUUUUUCAGACAAGUCUAGUCGUUCCAGACAUCAGAGAUCUCACACGGGGAAGAAACCACUUUCUUGUCGUCAGUGA